AUGCUGAAUGAGAAAAAAUCGAGAAAAUAUGAUGAUUUUAGGAUGAGCAACCGACCGACUUUGCACGCGCUUUUCAUCGGAAUUAUUAUUGGAAUCUUCAUCAACAACAUUUAUUUGACGCUGCCGAAAUAUCUUGAGUUUGAAAAUGUUAAUAGAAAAAUCAAAAGCGAGAGAAACCUCGAAAUCGCCGAAGAAAACAAAGAACAAGAAGAACUACAUAUUAUUGAAAAAACGCCAAAAAUUGAAUAUGACUUUUCAACGCCGAGUUUUAAACGAAUCGAGGAAGUUUUAAAAAACGACGAGUUCAAGUCGAUUUCGGCCUGGGACAAGUCGGUGCCGAGAGAAUUCAUGGUCGUCAAAGACUUGUAUUCGGAAGAUAAGUGCAACUGCAAUGAUGGAUUCAUUUACAGCGAGAAAAAUACGGUGGAUUUUGAAAAUACGUCUGUGAGGAGAAAUGAAGAUUACAAAAACUAUGUUCGAAAUCAUAUUUUUGAUUAUGUCAAAUCGCCGCUGCACGUAACUGGUGCUUUUACGCCGAUCGAAUUCGUCUCAGCUGGCUACGAAAUCGCCCCAGACGAGUUGUUCUCCCCUCACAUCAUCAUCAAGCUCCCUUUGGACUGUUUAGUCAGGAUCAAAUUCGAAAGCACUGUCGGUGAAUUUCUGAUCGACGGGGAAAUCGUCAACCUUGAAAGUUCGGAAUCGAUGACGGUGGAAAAAGCAAAUCAGCUUUUGGAGAAAAUCAUGUAUAAAUCGAAAUUUUACGAUGCGAGAAUGAUCAAAGACAUUGUCAAAUUUUCCGUUGUCGAAGUCACGUCGGAAAUCAGCUACAAAAUCUCCUUUCCCGUGACAAUCAAGCGCCUCGCCCUGCCGCUGCUAACUUACAGAACUGGCGACAGUAUAAAUGACCGAGUCACGAUUUUGACAAAGACGCUCUUUCGAUAUCCUUGCUUGUACCGCUUCCUCGAUUCUGUUUUGGAAAAGUAUCCUGGAAUCACAAUCAUCGUAGCUGAUGACAACCCGGAUGAUACUUUUGAAGUCAUUUCUAGAGAAAAAUAUCCAAGCGUGAAACAAUACAAAAUGCCGGCGGAAGAAGGCUGGUUCGCCGGCCGAGCAAUGGCCAUUUCCCAAGUGCGAACUGACUACUUCGUCUGGUGCGAUGACGACUUCAUCUUUUACGAAGAAAGCGACAUGGAAUACAUGGUCGACGUGCUCGACAAAUCAGGCUUCGACAUCGUCGGUGGAGGAGUGGACACGCACGAGCGCAACGCUUGGCAGAGCUCGGAUUUUAUCGAAAUCAAAACCAGUCCGGAGGGUUUUUGCUACAUUCGGAAGCCGUUUCCGACGCUGAUUGAGGGUCGCUUGCAUGUUCGCUACUGUCCAAAAGAUGAGCACUCAGAAGAGCGACUCAAACUUUACAACCACAGGCGGAAUGUUUCUGAGGAAGACAAAGGAGCCUUCAACAAGCAGAUGAACACCUUCUGGUUUUACAGAAAUCACAUGAAGUGCAAGAGGACCGUCCAUCUCAAAGAACCGACCAGAAAAAGACGCUCAAGUUUUGAUUUUACUGAUUAUUUUUAUUAA